UCUGCUGGGGGUGUUGUUAUCUAAUAGGACUUUGCUGUUCAAAGUCAUUACUCUUUAGAAGGCAGCUCCCCAUCCCUAUCCUUUUGAAGAUGGAGUAUUCCAUGAUUUGAAGUUUCUCACACCAUGAAAGUGCGAUAAAGGCCAUAUACACUGGUUCUGAGUUUGUGGAAAGUGCGACUGCUGGCAAUGAUGUUGGUAUAGUUUUGGAAUCUAUAAGUUUCUAUGCUGAGCAAGGUGGUCAGAUUUUUGAUAUCGCAUCUCUUGAUGGUCCCUUUGGUUCCUUCCAAGUAUGCAAUGUUCAAAUUUUUGGAGGUUUUGUACUUCAUAUUGGUUCUCUCUUUCUGGAGUUACUGACAAAUUCUCUGUUGGUGAUAAAGUAACUUGUAAGGUUGACUAUGACAGACAGACAUUGAUUGCUCCUAACCAUACUUGCACACAUAUGUUGAACCAUGCUCUUAGGAAAGUGCUUGGUAAUCAUGUUGACCAGAAGGGGUCUAUUGUACUUCCUGAAAAAUUGAGGUUUGAUUUUUACCAUGAUCCAAACAGAGAUGGUGCCAUCAAUGCUGAUCAUUUGAGAAAAAUCGAGUCUAUUGUGAAUGAACAAAUAAAAUCUGAGUUUGAUGUAUAUUCAAAGGAGGUAACGCUUGCUGAAGCCAAGCAUAUCAACGGUUUGCGAGCCGUAUUUGGAGAAGUUUAUCCUGAUCCAGUUAGAGUAGUGGCCAUUGGUUAAAAAGGUGGAGGACCUCCUUGCUGAUCCUGAAAACAAAGAAUGGUCAUCCAUCUCAUCGGAACUGUGUGGAGGCACGCACCUAACGAAUACACGGGAAGCAAGGGCAUUUGCUCUUUUAUCUAACGAGGGAAUCGCUAAAGGGGUUCGAAGGAUAAUUGACAAUGGUAGAGAAGCCUUUGCAGCAAGUGAAAUGAUUUCAAUUUCUUGGACUACUGACCGAACAUUAUAGAUGAGAGAUAAUACCUAAUUAGUGCACCAAUUAUAGUAGUUUUUUUUUUCAUGUUCUUGCCAUGAAAGAAAAGUUCGAUAAAAAUUUUAAAGAUUUGCAUUUACUCUA